AUGGGUGCGAAUCAACGAGUUGUUAAACUGAAUCGAAUGUCAUCGGAUAAUCCAGGUUUCAUCGAUGGUGUUCUGUUCGGAAUGGUGAUUGGUAAAGUCGAAAUGCGAACAUUUGAUGGAAGUGAUCGGCAUCAAAGAAGUGUAUUGAAUUUUACAUUCCGAGAUUCACCGAAAGAUUUCAUCAAUGUUGCCUAUUGGCUUGCACCAAAGGAUUUGAUUAUUGUUAGUAGUAAAUUUUCGACUGGUGAUGUUGUGGCAAUUCAUUAUCCAAAUGUUAAACCGAAGUCAGAAGAUCGAGCUCAUAGUUACACACCAUGGACACCAUUUUCUUUCGAACUUUCUUUAAAUGAAAAAUCGUAUGUUGAAAAAAUCGAAGGUCCAAAAGCGAAACAAUACGAAUUUCUUGCUUAUGUCCCAUGCCGUGCAGGAAAUGAUUAUUACACAUUAGCACAGAUCGUUACUCAUGGUGAACAAUUAAUGAAAAAAACUGAGGGGAUCAAUGUUUUAGCUGGUGUACAACAAGUUGGUGUAUUGAAAACGAUUCGAACACGACGGCAGCGUGACACAGAUUAUGAUAAUGAAGAAAAACAAUUGUUAGAAGUUUUGCUUUUCGAUGGCGAAACAAGUGGAGUUUGGUUAACAUUCUGGGAUAGUGAACAGAUCAAAUUUGCUCAACGAUGGAUUCCGGAAGAACAUAUUAUAUUUUGCGUUGGAGUACGUGUUCGUUAUGAUGAAUAUCGAAAAGUUUAUGGUUUAACCGCAACACGACAAAGCUUGUUUACUGUCAAUCCAGACAUGCUUCCCACCGAGAGAAAUCGUUAUGAUAUAUAUCACAAAUUGAAUACAAAUGAAUCUGCUCAAUUGUUUGAAUCAAUGCGAUCAAUUCCAGUUGAUGAUUUACUUAAUGUUGCCCUAGAUGGUGCUUUUAAUUCACUGCAAGCAACAGUUGUGACGAUUCAGGAAUUAAAACAAUAUUUAUCUGAUGGGGAGAAUAAUGAUACGUUCAUCGUUCAGUGUUUUCUCAGUCAUUUCGAUCUUGAUGGACCGCUAAAUCAAAUAAUUACAAAGAAAUGUAUUUUUUGUAAUCGAUCAAUUCGAGAGACGAACGGCGUGAACGAAUGUUCUGAAGCCGAAUGUCGAAUGAAAUUAUUGGAACAAAUGAAUGAUGAAAAUCUUUCAACAAAAGAAAGUUUUAAUAUAAAUGUUCACUUGACAGAUCAAACAGGAACAAUUACCAACGUCAAAUUAGGUGAUGAUGUUGCAAGAAAAAUACUCAAAUGUUCAGUCGAUGAAUUCAUUCUAAUGAACGAUGAACAAAAGACUAAACUUAAAUGGACCUACUUACUUGAAAAACUACGUUUCGGUAUUCAGAUCAAAAAUAGUACAAACUAUGCAAGACCACUUCUUCGUAUUGCUUGUUUAUUUCCUCGGGAAUAUUUAACAACAAUGGAUGAUGAAUAA